UUUCCAUCUGGUAUCUGUAGCGCUUUUCUUAAUCCGACGAAGCUUGCAAGAAAAGCGAAAAACCCCACCUUUACCUUUCAACUUUCAACCCACCAAAUUUCUUAACUUCACCAAACUGGGAUCCAGCACUCUUCCCCUUCUUUUUCAGUGUUUGUUUGGAUUGUUUAUUGAACGAUGGAAUCGAAACCCAAGAGGAGAGGUGCUAUGGGGAAUGGGGAUGCAGGGGAAGACUCGGUAGUUGCCACUAUGAUUGGGAAUGGGGAUGAUUUGGGUCCUCUUGUUCGACGGGCCUUUGAAAUGGGGCGGCCUGAGGCGCUUGUUCACCAGCUGAAGCAUGUUGUGAAAAAGAAAGAAGUUGAAAUUGAGGAGCUCUGCAAGACUCACUAUGAGGACUUCAUUCUCGCCGUUGAUGAGCUGCGGGGUGUCUUGGUUGAUGCCGAAGAGCUUAAAAGUGAUCUUUCUAGUGAUAAUUUUAAGUUGCAGGAGGUCGGGGGUGCUAUUUUGGAGAAACUUGAAGAGCUUCUGGAAUCUUUUUCAAUUAAGAAAAAUGUUACUGAAGCUAUUAAGAAAUCCAAGAUUUGUAUUGAGGUCUUGGAGCUCUGUGUCAAAUGCAAUACUUACCUUUCAGCAGGCCAGUUUUUCCUGGCAUUGAAGACUGUGGAUUUGAUUGAGACAAACUACUUGCAGAAUAUUCCUGUAAAUGCAAUCAAAAUAAUGAUUCGGAAGAAUAUUCCUAUAAUAAAAGCACAUAUUGAAAAGAAAGUGACUGCAGACUUUAAUGAAUGGCUAGCUCACAUUAGGAGGUCUGCCAAGGAUAUUGGACAGACAGCAAUAGGUCAUGCUGCAUCACUACGCCAGAGAGACGAGGAAAUGCUUGAACGACAAAGAAAAGCCGAGGAACUGAACAUUUCUGGCUUAGGAGAUACGGCUUAUUCAUUAGAUGUUGAAGAGCUUGAUGAAGAUUCUGUUUUGAAGUUUGAUCUUACUCCUCUCUAUCGAGCAUAUCACAUCCAUUCCUGCCUUGGAACCCAAGAGCAAUUUCGUGAAUAUUAUUACAAAAAUCGUUUAUUACAACUCAAUUCAGACUUGCAAAUAUCUUCCUCAAUACCAUUUGUUGAAUCAUAUCAAACCUACUUAGCUCAAAUUGCAGGCUACUUUAUUGUGGAAGACAGGGUCUUAAGGACUUGUGGAGGCUUGUUGUCUGCUGAUCAAGUUGAGACAAUGUGGGAUACAACUGUUGCAACAGUGGCAUCAGUUUUGGAAGAACAAUAUUCUCAUAUGGAUUCUGCAACACAUCUUCUCUUGGUGAAGGAUUAUAUUACACUUCUUGGGGCAACUCUUAGGCAGUAUGGGUAUAAAGUGGGUUCAAUUCUUGAGGCCUUGGAUAAUAGCCGAGACAAAUACCACGAGCUUCUUCUUGAAGAGUGCCGUCAGCAAAUUGUUAAUGUUAUUUCUAAUGAUUCCUAUAAGCAGAUGGUAAUAAAGAAGGAUUCUGACUAUGAGAGUAAUGUUUUGGCAUUUCGUCUUCAGACUUCAGAUGUAAUGCCAGCAUUUCCAUAUAUUGCACCAUUUUCCUUAAUGGUGCCUGAUUGCUGCUGCAUUGUGCGAUCAUUCAUCAAAGGCUCGGUUGAUUACUUGUCUUUUGGAGUUAAUUCCAAUUUUUAUGAUGCAGCAAGAAAGUAUUUGGACAAGCUCUUGAUUGAUGUGCUUAAUGAAGUUGUACUGACUACAGUUCAGAGUGAUGGCAUUGCUGUAUCUCAAGCCAUGCAGAUUGCUGCAAAUAUAACAUUUCUUGAAAGAGCUUGUGACUUUUUCCUUCAACAUGCUGCCCAACUCUGUGGGAUUCCGGUUCGAUCAGUUGAGAGGCCUCAGGCCAGUUUGACUGCCAAGGCAGUCUUAAAAGCUUCAAGAGAUGCAGCUUAUCUGGCUCUCGUGAAAUUGGUAAAUAGUAAGUUGGGAUUCUUGGCACUUACGGAAAAUAUAAACUGGACUUCUGAAGAGAUAUCCCAAAACAACAGUGAGUAUAUGAAUGAGGUGGUCUUUUACCUUGACAGUGUUUUCUCAACAGCACUGCAAAUUCUGCCAUUGGAUGCAUUGUACAGAGUUGGUUGUGGGGCACUUGAGCAUAUUUCCAAUUCUAUGGUUGCUGCAUUUCUCACUGAUAGUGUCAAGAGGUUUAAUGCCAAUGCUGUCAUGGUAAUCAACCAUGAUCUACAGGUGUUAGAGAAUUUUGCUGAUGAGAGGUUUGACAGCACUGGCCUGAGUGAGAUAUACAAGGAAGGUAGUUUUCGAAGUUGCUUGAUAGAAGCCCGGCAGUUGAUAAACCUUUUGUCCAGCAGCCAGCCGGAGAAUUUCACGAAUCUUGUAAUACGGGAGAAAUCCUACAAUGCUUUGGAUAAUAAGAAAGUGGCUAGCAUCAUCGAAAAAUUCAAGGACUCAGCAGAUGGGAUCUUUGGGAGCCUUUCAACCAGAAAUACAAAAACAAAUUCACGGAAGAAAUCGAUGGACGUGCUGAAAAAAAGAUUGAAAGACUUCAGCUGAGAAUGAUUCAAAUGUUUGCUCGCAUUAAAGCCUCUGUCUAUUUUGAUCUUCAUAUUUCCUUUUCCCCUUA